GCAAAUUUGGUGAUGCAAGCAUCAACACGUGUGGUGAAACUUGGUGAAGAAAACUUUAAAAUAUGAUUAAAACGCUUUUGUAACCAUCAAAUGUCUUAGAGAAUGAAGCAAUCCUGAACAAUCAUCUAACUUAGGGUCAUUAAGAUGACUGGUAACAAACUAGAUCCGUAAUUUCACGAGUUUGUAAUUGGCUAGGCCAAAAGAGUGUUGAAAAGUCGUCGUUAAUAUUGUUUUGAUGUGACGUAUUCAGUCUGGUGAAAAAGAAAAGAAAAAAAUGGACGAGAGAGCGCUGUAUGCUUUAGCUGUGAGCGAUGGAAAGACGAAUCAAGAAUAUCUUCUAGCUUAUUUUGAGCAGCUGAAAAAUGCAGAUGAAGGCUUGCAACUGUCUUCUGAUGCUCUUGCAAAAGAUGCAUACAGUGAUGAAAAGGUGAAAUUCUUCCUUCUGCAAGUUUUAGAACAUCAUGUUAAAGUGAGGUAUUCACAGCUGAAGUCUGACCAGAUUCAAAUAGUGAAGAUAAAUUGCAUGGAGUGGCUUAAAAAGUGUUGCACAUCAGAUCAAAAGCUUUUUAUCAGAAAGAAGACAGCCCAGAUAUUUGCAUUAUUUUUUGUUCAAGAAUAUCCUUCCAAGUGGCUUUCAUUCUUCAAAGAUGUCAUAGCUUUGUUCGGGUAUGGGGAAAAGGCAGCUGAGAUGUAUUUUAGAAUUCUUUUAGCAAUUGAUGAAGAAGUUGUUUCAAGACAUAUCCAGUCACCAUCUGUGGAAAUGGAGCGCAAUACCAAUAUUAAAGAUGCAAUGAGAGUGCACUGUGUUCCUGAAUUGGUUGACUCAUGGUACAACCUUUUGAAACUUUACGAAGGUUCAAAUGCAGAGCUGACCUGUCUGUGUUUGCAAGUGAUUGGUGCUUACAUUUCUUGGAUUGACAUCGAUCUCAUUGCCAACGAAAAAUUCGUAGGUACGAUUCUCCGAUAUUUGAAAGACGAAUUGCGCCGAGAAUCAGCUUGCGAAUGUUUCUUUGAAAUUAUAAGCAAAGGAAUGGAACCGACAGCGAAAACGCGACUGAUAGAAUCCCUAACAAACGCUUUGGAAAAUGUUGGAGUGCUUUCACCGAAUGAGGGAGAAGACUUGGAUUUCGUAGCAAAGGUUGCCAAGCUGAUCAAUGGCAUGGGUAUACAGUUAAUUACAAGCUGGUCAAAGUAUCCAAAAGUAAAUGGGGAAGUGAAUGGUGAAAUGGGGCAAUCUGCGAUUAUCUUGAAAGCAAUUGAAAGAAAAAUACCAUAUAUGUUAAGAUUUUUGAGUCAUGAAGACGAUGACAUAUCGGAGACUGUCAGUGAAUUUGCGCAUUCCUAUCUGGGUCUCUUAAAACAGAUGAAAGUUAUGCAAGGCCCCCACAUAGAAUAUUUAAGGAAACUUCUAUUCAUUGUGAUCAAAAAAAUGAAGUUUGAUGAUGAUUAUGAUUUUGAAAAUGAGGAAGAGGAUGAAGCAAUGUUUCAAGAUUUUCGCAAACAAAUGAAAGUUUUAUUGGAUAACAUCGGGAAACUAGAUGGUGAUUUGGUCGUCUCAACUUUACAUGAAUAUGUCCAAAGGACUCUUCAAAAUGCAGAUAAAGUUCCAUUACUUGAUCUAGAGCUCGCAGUGCACCUUGUUUAUCUACUUGGUGAAGCAAUACCGGGUCAGGAUCUGUUCAAUGACAGUCAAAAGUUUAGCAAGCUCCAAGAAAUGAUGAUAUCGCUUAUAACAAGCAAAGUUUCCUGGGCCCAACAUAUAGCCGUCAAACUUCAGUAUUUUGAAACCGUCACGAGAUACGAGAGGUUCUUCUAUGCCCAAACGCAGUACAUUCCAGAAGCCCUGGAAGCAUUUCUCGACGAGAGAGGUUUGAGAAAUCCUUCUACAAAAAUCUGCAGCCGCACAAGCUAUCUCUUGAUGCGUUUCACGAAAGUCCUCAAGUCACAAAUACAACCGUAUGUGGACAAUAUUUUGCAAAGACUGCAGGAUUUGUUGGUUAACAGCCAGGAUGAUAGCUACAAAAGUAAAUCACAGCUCAAUGGUGAUGACCUGAAUUAUUUAUAUGAACUGGCAGCAACCUUGAUUAUCUGCAGUGGUGCUUCACCUGAAAACAUGAAUGCGAUGAUGCAGUGCCUCCUGUCACCUGUCAUUUUGAGAUUUACCAAAGUUUUAUCCAUGUUGGACAGUUUGAGAAAUGACGAACUUGCUCUACUGAACAGCGCUCAAGAACUCCACACGUUGAUGGGUUUUACAAGUCGAGCAAGCAAAGCAUUUUCAAGCCAGCUGUCACUGAAAGCAAGUGGGUGUGCAGAAUGCUUCAAAGAGGCAUUGCCAAUAUUUCUACAGUCGCUCACAACGCCUUAUCACAGAGACGUAAUCCACGCUGGUGUGAGACAGUAUCUUCAUCGAAUGAUUAUAUGUCUUGGCGAUGAGCUUCUUCCCUAUCUACCAAUCGCAGUCACUCAUUUACUCAAAGACUGCGAAGUGCGGGAUAUCCAAGAGUUUAUACCAUUAAUCAAUCAGCUGAUUGCCAGGUUUAAGACGCAAAUUUCUCCAUUUCUGUGUGAAAUAUUCCUACCAGUAGUCAACACAAUUUUCUCGAUUCUAAAUUCGCCAAUUGACGAAGCUGAUAUGCAGGCAGUGAAAGAGCGGCAGAUUCUGCGAAGGAGCUAUUAUUUGUUUUUAUGCACAAUUGUGAAUAAUGGUGUUGUAGAAGUUAUAGUAAAUUGUGGUGCGGAUAGCAUCAAAACUAUUUUAUACAGUGUUGUCCAAGGUGCUGCAGAAAUUCCAGACCCACAGGGUCAAAAGAAUUGUUUUGUCAUUUUGGGUAAAUUUAUAGAUUUGUUUGGGGAUGAGAUGAACUGGAUGGGAUUCAAGGAAUUCACCUAUGAGAAUAUUCUUCCAGCUUGUCUGGUGGCUCCUUUAAAACCUGUUUUUGACUUGAAUGAUGGACAAUGCUUUCUGGUUCUUCAAGAAAUAGCUCAAGUUUUGAAAAUGAUACUUGUAAAAAGAGGCCAAGAAGUGAUCCAGUAUUUACACGCAUCGUAUCUGCCUCAAUUGCAGUGCCCAGAGGAAGCAGCUAUGGAUUAUUGUAAUACACUACAAAACAUGGAUGCCAAACAUUUCAAAUUAUACCUUAAGCAAUUUUACACUAGAUGGAGAAGAAGGCCCGAGUUUUCCAGCAUCAGGUAGUGAAGCUUUGAGGCGAAGAAUUUACAGCUCAAAAUCGAUAAGUUGUUUUUGUAUCAUUCGACUUUAUUCUAAGCAUUGGAGAAAAAGCGAUUUCAGUGCAGCAUUUAGAAAGAAAGGGGCAUAUGGAUUCUCGUAUAUAUUGUAAAUUUGUAGAUGUUCUUUGAGCCAGUUUCUGACAGACGAACGUGGACAGACGAAAGACAGACAUUGCUUGAAAUCAGAACAACUAUAAUAUAAAUAUGCUCAGGUAAUCAUCACUUAGCAAAUUCUUGUAAUUAGUUAGUUAAUUGUAAAGGUAGUCUCGUUUUUACUGUGCAGAAUUUUCAACCUCGUUUCCUUUUUGAGGCUACAAACAGAAAUUACCCUAUUUUUAAGCAAACAACCUUUUGGUUGUGGGUACAGAAUUUAAAAUGGCUUUGAAAAUGUUUAUUAUAUUUGCUUUUUUCAAAGCCAGCUCUGCUUAUUAGUCUUGGAGCCUCUUAUUUCAGACAACAGUAUUUAAAAACGUGGAAAGUUCCCCCUUCUUUUAUGUCUUUAUUUGUUUUUAUGGCUGUUGACCAACAUUAGGUUGUCUCGGGUUUUUCACUGAUGAACGAUAUAAAACUUUGACAAGUUGCAUUACGCCCUUUCCAAUAUAGGACGAUGUAGCAAAGUUUACAUCAAAUUGAACACGAGCCGAAGUAAAUGUCCCAAUAAAAAUUGAAUUUCGACCAGUUUCCAGUCUUCUACACUCAUCGUGCCAGAAAAGAAUGUUUUUGUAUAGCUGGCCAUAAGGUUCCCUUUAUCGAAAUUUUUACGCUGAUAGUAAUUCAACAUGCUUUGCUAGAAAAAUGGCAGACGGUCGUAUCAUUGUUGUAAGUUAGGAGUUUUGUGUACAGUUCGGCGAGUCAGAUAGUAUUUCUAGGCCUAGACGCUAUGGAGUACAAAUGAGCAACUACUGCUCUUUUGGUAGCCCUAAUUAUUGUAUACAAUAUUUGGAAUUUUAAUUUUAAACAACGUAAAACAUCUGUUAUCAAAUUCAGUCUUUUUUUAAAUUAUCAAAGCAUCAAUGAAGUCAAAAGAGGAUUUUUCCUCAUCAACAAAGUAGAGAGCUUGCCUCGGAUAAACUUGAUCAAAUUGAAGAUUCUGUCAACAUAGGUUUAAUAUACUAUUGUUUUAUCAUUGUGUUUUCGUAAAAUUUGUAUUUUGUCUAAUUAAUUAUUUAUGUUUUUAUCGGUUUCGGUUUUUUGUUAAAAUCGACAGCAAUUCCAACGUUUUUUAGCUGUUCUACUCAAAAGUCUGAGUGAGAUAAAUCUCAAAAAUAAUUUAAAAUUCUGAAGGACGUUGCAUGUUAAACAAUGUACAAACUGAAUACUAAGCAAUUUAUUGCCUUUGAUUGGAAUCAUAACAAAUACUUGGUAAAAAAUAAUGUUUAUCCUCAAAGAUUACAAAGUCUGACAAAUUCCACAUGUCCAUCCUUUCUGGAAUCAUCUGGAAAUAGGUGAAGCUGGACCUUUUAUUGAAUUUCUUCAGUUUUUAAGACAUUUCUUUGGAUUGGGUGGUUUCCGUGAAGGGGUUUCCGUUUGGUAGAGAGGGAGAUUUCCGUUGGGGAGGGAGUGGGGCUAGUGUAGAAAGUUGUCUCCUUUGCAUUUGUUUAUUUGACAGGGUCGAUGUCGUUUAAUAAUUAAGCAAGUUAAAAUAAAUGAAGCCUUGCAGUGCGCUGAUAAAGCUAGUCGGCAGAAUUUAUAUUUAUCAAAAUAUCUGGUCCGAUAUAAAGUUAUUCUCAAAACAUUUUAUUCAUAUUGCGGUUGAAUUGGCAAGGAAUCUCACAUGCGGAAUUUUUACUUUUUUAAUCCCUAUAUUGAUUCAAUUUUACACACCAAUCUGGCUUUUUUAACAUUCAGUUUUUUCCAAUAAAAUUUCUUUCCGUUAACCUUUGAAUCAAUUUCCCUUAAGUUGCUUGCUCUAUAAACCAUUAGACGUUAACAGAUGUGAUAGCAAAUAGCGUUUAUACAUCUUGCCGUUUUAUUUUUCAAAUUUGAUAUCGUUCUUCAUUUUCAUGAUUUAUGUAAACAAUGAGAAUUUUAAGUUAAAGUUCCAAUUUGCGUAUUUUAUCUACUAUAAUUUUUGAGUGAAACAAUUAGAUAUAGGCUUGAAGUAAUCUUGUCAUACAAUAAAAUUGAAAAUUAACACGAAUGUGCGAUAAAAUCAUGGAAUAUAAUUCAUUAUUGCCAUUGGUUGAAUCAGUAUUGUUAAAAACUUCUUCGGCUAAAAAAGAA